UUCAGUAAUCUGUGGUCUGUUCGUCAAAGCCAAUACAUAAUUAUUAUAGUUUGUUUAGCAGAAAAGUUGAAGCGUCCAAGAUAAUUCCCGGGAAGUUUUUUAGUGAAUAAAUUGUAAAUUAUAAAGAUUAACUUACAAUAAUAUAUAUUGUCUAGCUGAAUUUUAAUAACGUAAAAUUGCAUCUUAUCCAGUGGUAAUCCAUCAGAAAAAUGUCUAAACCAGAAGCACAACCAGAAGAUGCCGUAGAAACGGUAGACACAGCUGAUACCGCAGGUCUCUGUGAUACCGGCGAAACAUCUACGAGUGUUAUGGAUGUUCAGGAAUUGGGACAAAAUGAAUCUUCUUCUGACGCCACAUCAAAAGGAGAAGACUUUGAUACCAAAGUUGAAGCAGAUAGAGGCAAGCGAUUUGACUACUUACUGAAACAAACCGAAAUAUUUUCUCACUUUAUGAAUCAGGCCAAAACGCCCACUAAACCGAAAUCUGGACGACCAAGAAAAGAAAAAAAAGAAGAAGUUAUACCAGAUCAUCGACAUCGAAAGACAGAACAAGAGGAAGACGAGGAGUUGCUCGCAGAAACCAACCAAAAAUGCAAGCCUACUAUAAGAUUUGAUACAUCUCCUGUUUACAUCAAGAACGGAGAGAUGCGUGAUUACCAAAUUCGCGGUUUAAAUUGGAUGAUAUCUCUUUAUGAGAACGGCAUUAACGGUAUACUCGCCGAUGAGAUGGGAUUGGGUAAAACUCUGCAGACCAUCUCCUUGCUCGGUUUCAUGAAGCACUACAAAAGUACUCCCGGUCCGCAUAUUGUGAUUGUUCCAAAAUCUACUUUGUCCAACUGGAUGAACGAGUUCAAGAAGUGGUGCCCCACUCUCAGGGCGGUAUGCCUAAUUGGUGAUCAAGAAGCAAGGAGCGCUUUUAUAAGAGACGUUCUUAUGCCCGGCGAAUGGGACGUAUGCGUCACCUCUUACGAGAUGUGCAUCAAGGAAAAAUCCGUAUUCAAGAAGUUCAACUGGCGGUACAUGGUCAUCGACGAGGCGCACCGCAUAAAAAACGAAAAAUCCAAGCUCUCCGAGAUCCUCAGGGAAUUCAAAACUACGAAUCGCCUCCUUCUCACCGGCACCCCCUUACAGAACAACCUCCACGAGCUCUGGGCGUUGCUCAACUUCCUCCUGCCGGAUGUCUUCAAUUCAUCCGACGACUUUGACGCCUGGUUCAACACCAACCAGUGCCUGGGCGACAACCAGCUGGUGGAACGUCUACACGCCGUCCUGAAGCCCUUCCUCCUCAGGAGGCUGAAGUCGGAGGUGGAGAAGAAACUGAAACCGAAGAAAGAACUAAAAGUGUACGUCGGCCUGAGCAAGAUGCAGCGCGAGUGGUACACGAAGGUCCUCAUGAAGGACAUCGAUAUCGUAAAUGGGGCCGGCAAAGUGGAGAAGAUGAGGCUGCAGAACAUCCUCAUGCAGCUGAGGAAGUGCACGAACCACCCGUACCUGUUCGAUGGAGCGGAACCCGGCCCGCCCUAUACCACUGACGAGCACCUCGUCUACAACUGCGGCAAAUUGGUCCUCCUGGAUAAGCUGCUGCCCAGGCUGAAGGAGCAGGACUCUCGGGUGCUUAUUUUCUCCCAAAUGACCCGUAUGUUGGACAUCCUGGAAGAUUACUGCCACUGGAGGCAGUACCAGUACUGCCGGUUGGACGGGCAGACGCCGCACGAGGACCGUCAGAGGCAGAUCAACGAGUAUAACGAGGACGGGAGCAGUAAAUUCAUUUUUAUGCUGUCGACGAGAGCCGGCGGUCUGGGGAUAAACUUGGCAACCGCGGAUGUGGUUAUCAUCUACGAUUCGGACUGGAACCCGCAGAUGGACCUUCAGGCAAUGGACAGGGCACACAGGAUCGGGCAGAAGAAGCAAGUUCGUGUUUUUAGAUUUAUCACUGAAAACACCGUGGAAGAGAAGAUUGUGGAACGAGCCGAAAUUAAAUUGAGACUGGAUAAGUUGGUCAUUCAACAAGGACGAUUGGCAGAUUCCAAGUCCCAGUCGCUUAACAAGGACGAAAUGUUGAGCAUGAUCCGGCACGGUGCCAACCACGUCUUCGCUUCCAAGGAUUCAGAGAUCACGGACGAGGAUAUCGACACCAUCUUACACAAGGGCGAGAUGAAGACAGCACAACUCGCCCAAAAAAUGGAAACCAUGGGAGAAUCCUCCCUCCGCAACUUCACGGUGGACACCCCGACCGAAUCCGUGUAUCAGUUCGAGGGAGAGGACUACCGCGAGAAGCAGAAAACCAUUGGCCUAAACACCUGGAUCGAACCGCCAAAACGCGAGCGGAAAGCGAACUACGCUGUCGAUGCCUACUUCAGGGAGGCGCUGAGGGUGUCGGAACCAAAAGCCCCUAAGGCCCCGCGACCUCCCAAACAACCCAUUGUGCAGGACUUCCAAUUCUUCCCUCCCAGGCUAUUCGAACUACUUGACCAAGAGAUUUAUUACUACAGAAAGUCCCUAGGUUACAAAGUGCCGAAAAACUUGGAACUGGGCCCCGAUGCCUCGAAACAGCAAAAGGAGGAGCAGCGGAAAAUUGACGAGUCGGAACCGUUGACUGAAGAGGAACAACAAGAGAAAGAAACGUUGCUGACGCAUGGUUUCACCAACUGGAGCAAGAGGGACUUCAACCAGUUCAUAAAGGCGAACGAGAAAUACGGCAGGGACGACAUCGAGAACAUCGCCAAAGACGUUGAGGGCAAGACGCCAGAGGAAGUAAUGGAAUACUCGGCGGUGUUUUGGGAGCGGUGCCACGAGCUUCAGGACAUUGACAGGAUAAUGGCGCAGAUUGAGAGGGGCGAGGCGAAGAUCCAAAGGCGGGCGAGCAUUAAACGCGCCCUGGAUGCGAAGAUGGCGCGGUACCGUGCCCCCUUCCACCAGCUGAGGAUAUCCUAUGGCACGAACAAGGGCAAGAACUACAUGGAGGACGAGGACAGGUUCCUCGUGUGCAUGCUGCACAAGUUGGGCUUUGACAGGGAGAACGUGUACGAGGAGCUGAGGGCGGCGGUGCGGGCCUCCCCCCAGUUCAGAUUCGACUGGUUCCUGAAGUCCAGGACGGCCAUGGAGCUGCAGAGGAGGUGCAACACGCUGAUCACAUUGAUCGAGAGGGAGAAUGCAGAACUGGAGGAGAGGGAGAGGAACGAGAAGAAGAAGAAGGCGUCCAAAUCGUCGUCGGUGGCGGGAACGCCCACUCAGGUACCCUCGAAGUCCUCGCAGAAGAGGAAGAACGACAGCGCCGGCGGGGGCGUCGAGAAGAAGAAGAAGAAGAAAUGAGAUCCGUGUUUUUUUAAGUUUUUUACGAGUAAUUUAUAAAUUGGAUGAAUGGAAUCGGUUCGUUUUGGAGUUUUAGAUGUGUAAUACUUUGUAAUUCCUGUGCGUUAUUAAAGUGCAGUAAAUGAAACCAAAAAGAUUUGUUUAUUUCUUUAGAGCAAGGGUCGGUAAC